AUGGCGAACAAUCUGCAGCUAACUUUUUUGAACGAUAUCAAACCACGCAAGACUGCAUGUUGCAUUCAAGUGAAGAUCAUUCAUACAUGGAGACAUUUCAUGAAAGACGUUGGUGAAUCUUUGGAACUAAUCCUAUGUGAUGCAAAUGGAACAAAAAUCCAUGCUUCAUGUAACAAGACUUACAUUGCUGAAGUUGCCAAACAUGUCCGUGUUGGAGUAUGGAGAAACAUUGAUCGUUUCAGUGUAAGUGGUGCUGAUGUUAUUGGACAAGUUCAAGACUUGGGUGAUCUCGAGACCAUAGGGUGUAAUGGUGGAAAACAAAGACAGAAGGUGGAGUUUACACUCGUGGACAUUUGUGGGCAAAGAUUAGCUUGCUGCCUGUGGGGUAAAUUUGCAGAGAAUCUUCACACAGCUAGCCAAGAAACCGAAGGCAUGGUAAUAUGUCUACUACGAUUUGCUAAGAUUGGGCAAUAUAGAGGUGAAUUUCAAAUCUCAAAUGCUUAUGACGCAAGUCAGAUGUUUGUCAAUCCUGAGAUACCAGAAGCAGAUGAGUUUAAACAAAGAGAUAUUGGUGAUUCUCAAGCUUUAACCCUAGCUGAAUCAGAAGAGAACAAGCUUGAGUUGCAGAUGAAGCGAGAUAAAUGGAUGCAUUAUCCUCAAAGGAAUCUCCGAGAGCUAUUUGAAGCAACUGAGGAAAAACUAUGCAGAGUUGUUGCAACAAUCUAUGACAUUGAUACAGAUUGGGGAUGGUAUUACUUUGGCUGUCUAGGUUGUAACAACAAGAAGAUUCAAAAUUUACUGGUUAAGGAUGAUACUGGCGAAUCCCAAUUCCUGUUAUUGGAUUCAAUUGCUACUGGAGUUGUUCCUGCGUCUGCUACAACCCUACUAAACGGUUCUUGGGAUGAACUUGAAGAAGAUGAUCCAUUCCCCGAGGAAAUUACAAAUUUGGUUGGACAGACAUUUAUGUUUGGAGUUUACAUUCAGAAAGACAAUGCUUCAGGGGGGGGCUAUAAAGUUGGAAAGGUAUUGAAAGACCUACGUAUGCUAAUGACCUCUGAAAUAUCAGAGAGCUAUUCUGCUCCAGCCCAAGCAAGCCAGGAGCCAAUGUUAAUUGAAAAUCAAAGUGAUGAUAUUGUUUCUACUCCUUCUUCCAAGAGAAAAGAAGACAAUAAGGAAGCACCCGAACUUCAUUCUACCUCUAAAAAGCAGUGCACUAAAGCGAUCAAAAGCGAGAAGACAAGAAAUGAUAACUCUGGAUCGAGUUAA